CCUUCCUGUAGUCACGUGUAGUUACACGGCCAUUUGUCAGUUGGCAUGUGGUGAUCUUUGCAUAUUGAUGGUGACGCUGUAAGUACCAUAUUUAUACAUUUUUCAUUUCUAUGGCGUAUCACAACGCGUCUACGUUCGCGGCAAGUCGACCCGAAUUGUUGGGAUGAUUUUUUGACGCGGUGGCGUCAGUCAGGCCCAAGACAAAGACACCAGACGUCUUUUCACAGUGCGCCUUGGGUCAAACUUGUCUGAUGCGGCCGCAAUCUGGAUCAGCUUCCUCGGAUUCUUGUCCGUGUAUCGACAUCGAGCCGGGGCCACCUGUAGAGGGCAUGAAUUCAGUAGGGGCAACAAGAGAAGCCACCGAACCUUCGCCGAAACCCGGGGAAACCGGUCCUGUCGUUGUUCGGAAAGAUGACUUCUUGCCUGGAAACCGCAAAGACGGCAUCGGAAGAAAUGCUGUGCCCACUGCCAAAUGGAGGGAAGAUAAAGAUGAAGCUCUCGGCGAUUAUUCCGGGGAACGAAAUGUCCUUGAUGUCGAGGACUCUUCGCCCCCUACCACGGAGCCGUUUCUCAAGGCGGUUCUCCGGAGUUACGGUUGCUUUGUCGGGAGACACCCCAAUGUGGUGUUUUUUCUUGUGCUGCUUUUCUACGUGCAGAUGCUGAAGUAUGCAAUUUCCAGCGCUGCGGGGGCUGGCGACACCCAGAACAUAGGACCUGCACAUCGGCACGAUGCUGGAGCUAUCAAAGGCAAAUAUGUCUGGGUCUGGAAGAUAAUUGCCAGGCUUGUCAUGCAUAUUUUGCAUGGCCCAUGAUGCCUGUAAUGUAUAACCUGGCGCCACAGAUUUUGAGAGGGCUUUCUGAUGCGUAUUGUUCCGCAUGAGAAAUACUGCCCUCUCCGCGUAGCACAAACUGGACUUCUCCUUUAUUAUUGCUGGUUAUGCAAUACAGAGUUUUUUGGAAAAAUCCAAAGACCGCAUCACAUAUUUGCAUUUCAUAGGAGCCCGAAAGUCUCAGCAGGGUCCGGCUCUUUUUGAGCCGGGAAGAGGUCGGGUGGAUUAUUGGGAAG